AUGUGCGCCCAGACUACAAGCUUCGCCAUCAGACCAAAGGUCUUGUACCUUGGUGUUCCCAAACAUCAGUCCAGCAGAAUUCGCGACCAGUAUUCUGAUUUGUUCGACAUUGAUAUUCUUGACGUUUCCACGAGGGCAGAGGCACUCGAGGCCAUACCAAAGAUAGUGGCCUCCCGCGGUCCGUACCAGUCCUUGGUCUGCCGGCUUGGGCCUCAGCCAUUCGAGCCAUUCGACUCCCGACUUCUAGGGCCUCUCUUACCAGAUCUCCGCAUCGUGGUGUCGGCACAGAGAGGUUUUGACGACUUCCAUGUAGAUUGGAUGACGAAGCAGGGUGUCUUGUUCUGCAACACUGGACAUGCCAUGGCCGAUUCUACUGCGGACAUUGCCCUUUUCCUCAUCAUGGCAGUGACACGUAACACAAGCCGCGCAGAGCAGAGUCUACGUUCGGGUGCGUGGCGAGGCCACCUGCCCCUGUCACGGGAUUUGAGAUCUAUCACGUUGGGGAUCGUAGGAGCGGGUAGCAUUGGAUCAUGUCUUGCUCAAAAGGCCGUAGCACUUGGCAUGAAGCUCCUGUAUUACAACAAAAGUGGCAAACCGAUGGCAAACAGAUUCCCGACCGGCUCGGUACACUGCGCAACUCUUGACGAGCUCCUGCAGACCUCGGACGUUGUCUCACUUCACUGCCCGCUCAACCAAGAUACUUGGCACCUGAUGAGCGACAGAGAGUUUAACCUGAUGAAGGAUGGCUCAUAUGUUGUCAAUACUGCACGGGGUGCUGUUAUUGAUAGUCAGGCGUUGAUUAGAGCUUUGGAGAGUGGAAAGCUUGCCGGAGCGGGACUCGAUGUGUUCGAGAAUGAACCAACUGGUAUCGAUCCAUAUUUUCUGGAAAGCGAUAAGGUAGUGCCUAUCCCGCACAUGGGAGGACUGACGGAAGGUUCAUUCGAAUUAGCGGAACAGGAAUGUUUGAGAAAUGUGUACGAGUGUUUGUGCACUGCUACGGCACAAUGUUGA